AUGAUCGGAUGCUCGACUCCAGUGAAGAAUCAAUUUGGUUCAUUCUGGUGCUCAAAGAGCGGGUACUCGAGUGCUGUAGAGGACUGCGUAGGAGUUCCUGGUCGUCUACAACGCGCUCAUCUCCUGUUCAACGUUAACGUUCAUUCCCUGCAAAUUUUUCUGUUGGCUCUUCUUGCUGUGAAGCUUAUUUAUGUGAAACACCGUCGGCUUAGUGCCAUUCGUUCUCGAAUUCUCCAGUCAACUUCCCCUCACGAUGUUUCACUGAACUCUCGUUCUUCUCUGCUUUCUCUCAAAGCCACUCAACUGAAGGCAUUUCGCUCUAAAUGUACACCAUCUCUCGCAAUUCUCGUCGGAUGUCUUGGAUCUCCUGCAUGGGAGACUGAUAUCGAAUCCGACUUCGACUCGAACUUGACAAAGCAACGCCGAACUGCAUCGUUCAUGUAUCAACUUCAUCGGCAGUCCAAGCAGCGUUCUUCAAAAUCUUAUUCUGUGGCUUAUCGUUCGAGCAGGAGUUCAACAUCUCAGGCACCUCCGUCCCACGCGCAGCUUUCGCGUUCCAUGUCUUUCUUCAGUUUUUCCAGCGAACAGAGUACAGAAGACGCGACAAGGAAACCCAGGACCCAUCAUUUGCCUAAUACCCAGGUCCUCGCAUAUCCUACCAAAGCACGGUCGAGAAAAACUGCCACUAUCGCUCCCCAGAGGUAUUCACCACUCAUCGAUAGCUCAGUGUCUAGACAGCUCGGCGACUUCUGCGAGAAAUGCGAUGCCGGUCGUAGUAGUCUCCGGGCUCGUAACUUGUAUGCAAGUGGUCGGGUGACCUCCAGUGUCGAUCUUGGCCCGUCUCUGAGGCUUGUGGGGGCCUCUGACGUGACUGCUGUUCCGUACUCGUUCUUGUCUGCAUUUCCGCCUUCUUCUUCUUAUGUUCUAUCACCUCUCACGGGAACUCGCGACUCUCUACAGCUGUCCAGGCGUCAUUCAACAAAAUCAACUCGGAAACCUGUCCCUCCUCUCCCGCCAUUACCAUCCAAUCUUGUCGGCCAACGGCCGUCAUGUGUAUCUCCAGCUGAGUUGUCUGCAUCGCUGCCUCCCCCUGCAAGCAUUCCUCAAUUUCUACCUCUUCUCGAGUUUUCUCCACCCGCCAGCAUGGGUAGCUUUUCCGCCACCAAAGAUCAGGCGCCCGCCCACUUGUCAAAUAAUACCCCACUGUCGCCUAGCAAUUCUUCAAAGCUCAAGACUAGCCCUCUCGUCUCUCCGAACACUACUGAUUCCGUUGCUGCUGUUGAUUCGCUUCCUCAUGUCUUGCACCCCGCGGAUCCCCUUGUUUUUGCUGUUCAAAAGAUGAAAAGAAAGACGAAGCACAAGCGCUCAUCCACUAUUAGGUCACGUAGCGGAAUCAUAUCCAGUGCAUCGCCUCUACGCAUCAUGGUGCUCCCAGAGGAUAUGUCAGACCGUAAGCUUGUUGGAGAUACACUUACCAGCGACAAGGAAAAUUACGUUACCGCUAUUUCCGCGAGAAAGGCUAUCGACAAUGACCGAAUUCACUGCUUAAUGACAGAUGCCUCAAAUCGGCUUUCUCCAAUUCCAGACCCGACUUCUAGCCCGGAUGCACAACUCGAGCUACGUCAUAUAAGCCAGCCCCUUGAUAUAGCAUCCUCCGCCCGUUCCGUCAAAUCUACAAAGAGCCUCGCUCGUUCUGAUAUCGAGGGGUCUCUUAGCGAGCUGUCAUCAUUGCAAACUCCCAAGUCUGAUCGCCUGGAUGAGGUCGACAUUAGCAUGCUGGGGCUCGAUCGGUUUCACUGGUCUGAAGAAAGCGAAGAAAUGCUCAAGUCGUGCUCUUCUCAUAUCAAGAACGACAGCGUGGCGCUAAUUUCUUUCUGGGGAGAGGGACAGUGGAUGCAAGAGAAUAAUCAAUGGUGGGAAUUAUACCUUUCGAUGUCGUUCAGGACUGAUGCGAUGCAGCUCAGACGUUGCAACUGCAUGGUAGACGUUGGAUGA